AUGUUGACGCGCUUUGUUCUGCGUCGUAAUGGACGCUCCAGUUUUCGUCGCUCGUUCAGUCGUGAACUCACUACGGUAUCGGGUAUCGAUGAGGACGUUGCAGCUGGUUGUCGCGUAGUGGAAUCACCGGGUAUCAAGCUGGUUAAGCGCAAAGUCGCGAUUGUGGGAGGUUACAUGGGCACGGGUUACCAUGGGUUACAGUUGAAUGACAAUGUGAACACGAUUGAAAACGAGAUACGCCGUGCCAUCUUUGACGCUGGAGCCAUGCGUGAAUCUAACUUUGAGGACUUGGGAAAGAUUGACUGGGCGAGGAGCAGCCGCACGGACAAGGGUGUGCAUGCCGGUUGCAUUGUAUUCUCUGGUAAGCUGCUGAUCGAUGAAGAGAACAAGGUGGACCAUACAUCGGGUCGAGUAAAUGGACUUGCGGAGGCGCUGAACGCGUCGCUGCCGGAAAACAUCCGCGUGUUCUCGUGUACAAGAGUGAAUAAGCGUUUUUCUGCUCGCAGGAACUGCGUGCUGCGUGAGUACGAGUACUUCAUGCCGCUGUCGUUCUUGCAAGGUAGCGCUCUUGGAUCGGAUGAAAAGGAUGAGUUUGACACGGAUGAGGCUGUCGCUGAGUUCUGUCGCGCGCUUCGGCGAUACGAGGGGGUUAAUGACUUUCACAAUUUUACACGUUGCAGGUCACACUAUUACAAGUUGCAGGCAAAACGGGAGCAGUGGAAGGCACAAAACCGAGGAGAUGCAGCUGCUAUUGAAGCGGUGGAAUACGACGACGUGGUCGAAGAAUCUCAAGUUACUGACGACGAUGAUGAGGAAGAUGAAAGCUUUGGUGUUAACGACUACUCUAAAGAGUCAAGCCAAUUUGGAGACGAAGCGGCAGUGACUCGCAAGCUGUUGCUUCGUCACCGCCGAUCCAUUUACUCUUGCUCGGGUAGCCUUGUUCAUAAUUUUUGCGGUGAGCCAUUUCUACGGGUACACAUUGUCGGACAAGCGUUCUUGCUGAACCAGAUCCGUUGCAUGGUCGGUGGCGCCCUUGCUGUGGCGACGAAGGGCAUGUCCCGUGUUGCUUUUGAUGCUGCUCUGUUGACAAACCGCAUCGUACGCGUUCCGAUAGCUCCAGCCGAGGGACUUGUACUUCUUAGCAGCUCGUUUGGAGGAAAACUUCACACCGUCUCCCUUUUCGAGGACCCGAACACAGUUCUUGCAAAUGAGCGUAAGGAUUUGAAACAUCGGAUCCUCUUGAAUAGCCGUGAGGACAAAGAAAUGAAGAAGUUUCGUGAAGAGGUGAUUUACAAGGAAAUUUCACGCAACUGGGACAUGGAAGAGAAGAUGGAUCCGUGGCGUGCGUAUCUCGAGCGCUGCUACGAGUCCAAUGAACGCCUUGAUGAAGAUGAGUUAAUGAAUGUGCUGUACGAACUGGACGAAACCAAGCUCGCGAUCAAGAAGAAGAACCAAUUGUUUGUUGAGCGGAACCGCAUUGACCUGACUGAAAAGGGACGCCAGGGUGCAUUAUUACCGAAGCAAUUUACUACAAAGCUUUGCGUUCGGUAUAACGUAGCCCCGGGUAUUUUCACGUCGGACCUGCGUCGUGCAGUUACAUGGCACCUUAAAAUAGGUAAGAUGCCUCUUGACACGAAUGAAGAGCAGAUGAUGGUUUAUAUUGACAAAUACGGCCCUCAAAAGCUUGCUAUAGAGGGACGCAAGCUGCGUUUAAGCAUUCGAGCGUAA